UUAAAUAUACCAAAAUUUAUUCAUAUUCAUUGAUUAAUCGUGCCUCCCGGUUAGUUACUUUUAAACAAUCGACAACUAGAUUGUUCAAACCACAAAUUGAAUCGAAAUUGAAUCCACAAUCAUCAUUGUUUGAUUUCAAUGUUAUACGAUGUUCAACAUCGUUAUGUUCAAAUAAUAUCUUCAAUAAUAAUAAUUGCUCAUCCAAUUGUGAAACAAACGCCUUGUUAUUCCAAUUGAACAACAAGAAUCGACGAACAUUUCAUGUUUCGGCCAGAUACUAUAAUGAAAUACGUGAUGUUGUUGUUCCUGCAUUGGCCGAAUCUCUAAGCGAAGGAGAUAUUCGUUGGAUGAAAGCUGUCGGAGAUCAAGUUAACGAGGAUGAGGUUGUGGCCGAAGUUGAAACUGAUAAGACUUCAGUGCCAAUUCAUUCACCCGUUGCUGGUGUAAUUGAAGAAAUUCUAGCGGAAGAUGGUUCAACUGUUCAGCCGGGUAAAGUGGUACUUCGUAUUCGUGUUGGAGCUAGUGGUGGUGGUGCUACUGCUCCUAAAUCAACCGAAACUCCUAAAUCUGAGCCAACACCUGAAUCAUCAUCUCCAUCACCACCACCACCACCACCUUCAACUCCAACUCCAGAACCUAGCUCCGGACCCAUUUCAAGCACACCUGUUUCUGAUGUAAAAUCCACUACACAAACUAUGGCUAGUCCCUCUGCCGAAGCUUCCGUUGGAUCAUCACGAAAAGAAACUCGAGUCAAAAUGAAUCGUAUGCGUCAAAGGAUUGCUCAGCGUCUCAAAGAUGCUCAAAAUACAUAUGCAAUGUUGACGACUUUCAAUGAGAUUGAUAUGAGCAAUAUAAUGGAGAUGCGAAAUCGUCAUAAAGAUACUUUUCAAAAGAAACACAAUUUGAAAUUGGGUUUUAUGUCGGCUUUCAUUAAGGCAUCGGCAUUUGCAUUACAAGAUCAACCAGUUGUGAAUGCCGUCAUUGAAGGAAACGAAACUGUUUAUCGUGAAUAUAUCGAUAUUAGCGUUGCUGUGGCUACUCCAAAAGGUUUAGUUGUGCCGGUGCUCCGUAAUGUUGAAAAGAUGAAUUAUGCCCAAAUCGAAAAGGCUAUAAGUGAAGUGGGUGAAAAAGCAAGAAAUAAUCAAUUAGCCAUUGAAGAUAUGGAUGGUGGUACGUUCACCAUUAGCAAUGGUGGUGUAUUUGGAUCUAUGUUUGGCACUCCAAUCAUCAAUCCACCUCAAUCGGCCAUUCUUGGAAUGCACGCAAUUAUCGAUAGACCAGUAGUUAUUGAUAAAAAGGCUGCUUUUAAAAUGAUCACCACUUCUUAAUAAUUUACAUUUUUUACAAUGACACAGAUCGAAAUUCGACCGAUGAUGUAUGUUUGUUUAACUUAUGAUCAUCGAUUGAUAGAUGGCAGAGAAGCGGUUACUUUCUUACGAAAAAUCAAAGCUGCCGUCGAAGAUCCAAGAGUAUUGUUACUUGACAUAUAAUAAAACCAUGUAACAAUCAUCUCUCAUUUGUCAAAUGUGGAUUAUAACAAACAAAGAAACAUAUUAUAAUAUAUAAAUAAUUAUUACAAUGAUAAUAUAUCAAACAAACUAGUUCAGAGAUAAUAAUUACAUGGAGUUUUUAUCAUUAA